AAUGGCCUUCCGGGAUGUAGCUGUGGCCUUCACCUGGAAAGAGUGGAAGCUACUAAGUCCUGCUCAGAGGAUCCUAUAUCGGGAUGUAAUGCUGGAGAACUACAGCCACUUGGUGUCGCUGGGAAUUGCCUUUUCCAAACCCAAACCCAUCACACAACUGGAGCAAGGGGACGAGCCCUGGAGAGAGGAGAGCGAAUGUCUUCUGGACCUUUGUGUAGCAGAACCAAGGAAAGAAUUCCAGCCCCGUCUGUCCUACCCGGUGGCCUUUUCCACUCCGCAGCUCCUCAGACAAUAUGUGCUGUGCGGUCAUCCCCCGCAAAUCCUGCCAAGCUCUUCUGCAGGGAGCCACUUCCCACUAGAAGUUCCAAGCUGCUCAAGUGAGAAAGCAGACGAUGGAGGGAGAGGAAACUCUGACACCAUUUUCAGGAGGCUGCCACAGAAUGGGAGUUCGAGUGUAUUCUUCAGCCCUUUUCAAGCUCAGCCAGUAGACAGAAUGGUAGGCAACAGAGGCGGAGGAAUAGACCAGGGGCUGACCUCUGAGGAGGCAGACACAAUGUUGACGGAAGCAAACAUCUCAGAAUCUGGAGCAGUGAUAUGUGGAAAGUAUAGACUAGGCCUUAGCACAAACGUCAGCCUCUUUAGCCUCCAGAAGCAUCAUGUGUGCCCUGAAUGUGGCAGAGGCUUCUGUCAGAGGUCAGACCUCCUCAAGCACCAGAGGAUGCACACAGGGGAGAAGCCUUACAGUUGUAGGGAGUGUGGGCGGGGCUUUGGCCGGAAGUCCUCCCUCACCAUACACCAGAGGAAACACUCGGGGGAGAAACCGUACAUGUGCAGGGAAUGCGGGCGACACUUCAGGUACACGUCCUCGCUCACCAACCACAAGAGGAUACACUCUGGGGAGAGACCUUUUGUGUGUCAGGAGUGUGGGCGAGGCUUUCGCCAGAAGAUUGCCCUCAUCCUGCACCAGAGGACACACCUGGAGGAAAAGCCCUUCGUGUGUCCCGAGUGUGGGAGAGGCUUCUGCCAGAAGGCAUCGCUUCUCCAGCACCGCAGCUCACAUUCAGGUGAGAGGCCCUUCUUGUGCCUCGAGUGUGGGCGUGGCUUCAGGCAGCAGUCGCUGCUCCUCAGUCACCAGGUCACACAUUCAGGGGAGAAGCCUUAUGUUUGUGCUGAGUGUGGGCACGGUUUUCGCCAGAAGGUCACCCUCAUCAGACACCAGAGGACACACACAGGGGAGAAGCCUUACCUGUGCUCUGAGUGUGGGCGUGGCUUUAGCCAGAAGGUCUCCCUCAUGGGACACCAGAGGACGCACACAGGGGAGAAGCCUUACCUGUGCUCCGAAUGUGGACGCACCUUUGGCUUCAAGUCACUCCUCACCAGACACCAGAGGACACACUCAGGGGAGGAGGCUGAUGUGUACAGAGUGUGUGAGCGAGGACUUAGCCAGAAGGCCCUGCUCACAUCUGAUCAGAAGACACACUCAGCACAGAAGCCAUGUGUGUGUGGUGAGUGUGGGCGUGGCUUUGGCUUCAAGUCAGCCCUCCUCAGACACCAGCGGACUCAUUCGGGAGAGAAGCCAUACAUAUGCAGGGAGUGCGGCCGUGGCUUCAGCCAGAAGUCUCACCUCCACAGACACAGGAGGACCAAGUCCGGCCAUCACCCCCUGCCACAAGAGCUGUUCUCCUGACCUUUACCUCCCAUGAGUGUGAAGAUGGCAGAAGUCACUAGGAAAUGUUCUACUUUGCUCAAAUGCAGUGGAGAAAAAUAUAUACUGCAUUCUUUUAGUCAUCAGAUCACUGAUUUAUGGUCUCCCUCCUGUGCUAGCAAUGUGUUUUAUUUGCUAGGGCUGCCAUAAUAAAAUAGCAUAGCAUUGGUGCCUUAAAGAACAAACUUCUUUUCUCCAGUUUUUGAGACAAGAUAUCCAAGAUCAAUGUGUAAAUAGUUUGGUUUCUACUGAAGCUCCCUCCUCGGCUUGCAGAUGUGACUGCAUUCUUGUUGUGUCCUCACAUGGCCUUUAUUCUGUGUGGGUGCUUUCCUGGUAUCUCUCCCUCUUUUAAGGACAUCAGCCAUAUUGGGUUAGAGAACUUUUAAAGACCCUGUCAUUAAAUAACUCACAUUGUA